AUGCGCAGAAUGCCGUUGCGGGCGAACCGGGCGCCCAGGCGCCACAAUGCUGUAAUUCCAACAGAAACUCAGUGCCCAGGACAAGCUUUUGUAGCUGAAUCUAGCUCCGGGAAAGCUUCAGGCUUUAAGCUACUGGGUCACUUUGCUCGGGAAUGCCCUGAGCUAAAGAAGGUAGCUCUUAUAAAUACUUCUUUUAGUGAUGUUUAUGUUUCAAGCACUGUUAUGUUAACUGAGUCUUAUCCUAUAGAUUUGGAUGUUGAUAUAUCUGUAUGGCAUGCUAGAUUAGGACAUAUUGGACAAAAGAGAAUGAAUAGGUUGGCAAAAGAAAGGUUUCUAGGUUCAAUCUCUAAGUUAGUCCAUUCAGAUAUAUGUGGCCCGAUAAAUGUGAGGGCAAGACAUGGAGCCUCUUAUUUCAUUACUUUAAUAGAUGAUUUUACACGAUACUCAGACCAGUCUAAAGGAUAUGUGUUCAUAGCUGAAAAUCAAGCUGGGACUAUAACUGAAAUAGAGUCACGCGAUGUGACAUUUCUUGAGAGAGAUUUUCCUAGUAGGGGAGAAAUUAAAAAUGGAAAACCUUUAUAUGAAUUAGAUGAUAGAGUUGUACUUGAUGGAUCAACUAAGGUGCAAGAGGAAACACUUCCACCUGUCGAUCCAAGUCGGAAUAAUUUAUCUCCAACUCCAAGUGACAGGGUCACAUCGGAGCUUUCACUUCGUAAGAGUACUAGAAAAAGUAUGCCUAAACGUCAUUUCAAGAUUGAAGGGAAAGUUUUCCUAGUAUCUCCUGCAAAUAGUGAAGAACCAAGUUCAGUACAAGAAGCUCUAUCAUGUCCUGCAAAGGAAAAAUGGAAGAAUGCAAUGGAAGAAGAGAUGGAGUCUAUGAAAUCAAAUCAGGUCUGGGACUUGGUUGAUCUUCCAUCUGGUCGAAAAGCCAUUGGGAACAAAUGUGUUCUCAAAAUAAAGCGAAGAGUUGAUGGGAUUAUAGAGAGGUAUAAGACUCACUUGGUUGCAAAAGAUUAUACUCAACAGGAGGGUAUAGAUUAUGAAGAGACCUUUUCGCCAGUAGUGAGAUUUACUUCAAUUCGCUUACUCUUAGCUAUCGUGGCACGUUUAGAUUUAGAAUUACAUCAAAUGGACAUGAAGACUGCAUUUCUCAAUGGAGAAUUAGAUGAAAAAAUCUACAUACAACAACCAGUAGAUUUCAUUAAAACAAGUCAAGAGAAUAAAGUUUGUAAAUUGAAUAGAUCAAUCUAUGGCCUAAAGCAGUCUUCUUGA